GGAGGAGGAGCCCUGCGCGGCGGCGGCUGUAGCCGCCGGGGAAGCCGGGCGCCGAAGCGCGGAGAGCGGGGGGAGCCCAGGGAACCCGGGAGCGGACCGGUCGUCCGAGCCGGGGCCGCGGGCAGAGCUGCCGAUUGGCCAACGGCUCCUUUCAACCCUGCCUCGUUGGUGGCCACUGGAGAAGCGCAGGGGUUCCCCAGACAGCCGUGGGGACAAUUUAGAGCCAGCACUUUACCCCGGGCCUCGCGUGUAGCUUCCCCUCCCCUGCUCUAGCUGCCUCCGUGUCUGGAGGGGCGGGGGUGUGGGGGUGUGCCCUCCUUACAUGUCCCUUCGCCCGGGCAGCCCUCUGGGUUCCUGUUCAAUCUUGCUCUUGCUUCCUGCACGGUGGUAGAGGGGAACCACUUUGCAUCAUGUCCCGGUAUAACUACCAGAGUCUCCUGGACUGGCUCUAUGGGGGCGUGGACCCCAGCUUUGCAGGCAAUGGGGGCCCCGACUGUGCAGCCUUCCUCUCUUGGCGGCAGCGGCUGCUGGAAAGUGUGGUGGUCCUGACUCUGGCCCUGCUGGAGAUCCUGGUGGCCCUGCGGCACAUCCUGAGGCAGACGAAGGAGGACAGUAAGGGUGGCCAUGGCAGCCAACCAGAGCAGGUGACCCCGCUGCCCAAGGAAGGCAAGGAGAGCCUGAGCAAGAAUCUGCUCUUAGUAGCCCUGUGCCUGACCUUCGGGGUGGAGGUGGGCUUUAAGUUCGCCACCAAGACGGUCAUCUACCUGCUCAACCCCUGUCACCUGGUCACCAUGAUGCAUUCCUGCCUAGGUGGCCUUUCAGAAGGAGGAAGUCCAGCCCCAGCCAGGUGCCCUGUGGGAAUCAACAAUGCCUGUGGAUCAGGGCCCAGUCCCCUUGCCCUCUGUCUGGUGACACUAGUUCCUGGAGAUAUUUCUCCUGGCCUGUCCACCAUGUCGGGGAGCUAUCGUUGUCUUCAAGCUACAAAUGCACAUGUUGAAUGGAGCUCUUCUAGCAUUGCUGUUUCCUGUGGUAAAUACCCGGCUGGUGCUUACACCCCUGAACCCCUCAGCAGUUUCUGGUGGGCCCUUCUCUCAACUGGCCUCAUGUUCUUUUAUCACUUCAGCAUCUUGCAGAUCCUGGGCCUGGUCACCGAAGUGAAUUUGAACAACAUGCUGUGUCCGGCCAUCUCAGACCCAUUCUACGGCCCCUGGUAUCGCAUCUGGGCCUCGGGACACCAGACUCUCAUGACCAUGACCCACGGGAAGCUGGUCAUCCUGUUCUCAUACAUGGCUGGGCCCUUGUGUAAAUAUCUGCUGGAUUGGCUCCAGCUUCCAGCCAAGAAAAUAGACUGAAGGUGUUUUUUUGUUUGUUUGUUUUUCUGUUUGUUUUGGGGGGUUUUGUUUUGUUUUGUUUAUUUUGUUUUGUUUUUCUCUCUGAGGAAGCAAGUCCUGACUUGACAUGGAGAACACCCAGUUCUUGAUGAAAUCAAGGGAGAGGGCUAUAGGAAAUCUGGUGUAUUUCUUCUUUUUCCUUCCUCUCUGUCCUUUUUGUCUACCACUCUUCCUCCCCUAGCUCUUUCCCCAGGACUUCUGCUUGAGCCUGGGAUGCAGUGCUGUGGGCUGGGUUUUUCUUCCAUCCCUUUGGCUCUUUCUCCACUGUCCCUAGUGGCCUUACGUGGGGAGAUGGUUUUCCAUGGCUCCUUCACUCUGCUUGUUGGUGCUUUAACAACAGCUGGUUGAGGAGAAAGGGAACAACAAGAGGUAGUUCUUUUGGCAUUGAAGUGAUGAGAUUGAGUUGUUUUUCAUUUCUCCACUGCCAGGGACCUUCAGGCUUACGCGGGGUCCCCUUUUGUCGCCAGCACAGCCCCCACCAUAAGGGACCUGAGGCCUCGUUUCUCUACCAGUGGCAAGCCCAGAGCUGGGAGGUCUCCUAGCCAGAAUCUUCCCACCGGUGUCCAGUGACUCAAACCUAGGGGCCCACCAUCCAUUCCCUUAAGGAUGCUGUCUGCAGUAGGAGCUGGGGUCACUGCCCAACCCGAGGGCAAGAUUCCAUUGGAGAGCUGUUGUUGCAAUGGCAAAUCCAAAGGGAGCAGGGUUAAAAUGUCCACAGCUAACGCUGGUCCUGACCCUGGGUAAAUUCUGCCUAUGACACCUGAGAACUGACCCAUAUCCCAUCAGAAGCAAGCAUAGAAAUUAAUCAACAGAAGUGGUAACUUGAGAAAACUGUAAUUUGAAUCAUCCAUCUCACUUUAGUUUAAUGUUGACAAUAGAGAACAUUUUAAUUUGGAAGGCCUCUAAAUGUCCUUUUUGUUGUUGUUGUUUUUCCUUUCUUUCUUUCUUUCUUUUACAGCAGUUUUUGUGUUUUUGUUUUUGUUUUUGAUGCUUGAGUUUAGAGAAUCCUGAUGGUGGGGGCCCAUUCUGGAGGAACCCCUGUAGAUCCAUUUUCUGGUUUUACUGAGUAUGUCAGCAUCCUGGGGUUGGGACGAUACAGCUCCUGCCAGUGUUGUUUCUUUAGAGCCAGAUUUCUUUACUGCGGGCAGACUCAGCACUGAAUUGUUUAACUUGGGGAGCAUCACAUGCUCCCUGUCCUGCUACUCCCAAAGCCCAUGUCUGAGCCGAAAGUGAGGUGCUAAGGGAUCUGGUCCCCACUGACAGGGGUUCAUGUGCUCCAGAAGAGGGACCGUGGGGACUUAAUUUUGAUUCAAGGUGUGAGCUCAGUCAUGCAUGGACCUCAAAAAGGGAAGCGCUGGUUGGGUAUUUGCUGGAUCUUGGUUGGCUCCUACUAAGAACAGAUUUGCUUAAGAACAGGAAAGAUUAUCCAGUGACUUCCUUUGAUGAGCCUUCCCAGCCCUCCCCUCUCCCACUCUGGGCAACCCAGUUACCAGUUCCAGUAUUUCAACUGAUAACCUCUGAGACCUAGAUUGAGCUUCAGGGACUCAGUGGUCCUGAGUUUAGCAAGUGGACCCUACAGGAAGCGGCAGAAUUCGGGAAGGCCUCUGUGAGUCAGCCGAGAUCCAGGGAAGCAAUCUCAGGACCCUUAGAGUUCCUGGGGGUGGGGAGCAGGAAAGGAGAACACCAAAGGCUCUUCCUUCUUUUGAGCCCCCUGUGGCUUGUUGUUUUCUGCAGUCUUUGAGGGCUUGGCCAAGCUUUUCCUAGUCCUCUCACCCUCCCAAACAGGGCACUUCUUGUGUGACUAGAUUCCCCCUGCCCGCCAGCCCGCCAUCAAACUGUUAUAUGUAGAAAUGGCUGGUGGGGAAAUAUGCAGGGACUCAGUGCCCCUUGGUCUCUUCACAAAAGGAAAGGUUGGAAGGAGGUCAGGGGAGGGGCCCCCAGGGGCUUGUGGGAAAUAAUGGAGGAGAAGCCAGGAGCCACUCCUCAGGGAGAAUGGGCCAGCCUGGGGUGGGCAGAUCUUCAGCCUUGAAAUGCCACAGUGGUGUGACUCUGCAGGCGGUCUCUUCUUCCCAGUCCCUGUGGCAUGGCACAAGUUGCCAGUCGGCUCAAGUUUUCCCCGUGUUGGCAUGCCUCUAAAAGCUGUCCUUUGCCCUGUCCCCAGCCCCAUUCUGGCUGACACUUUCUCCUGCUUGGAUGGAAAGAAGAAAGUGGGAGCCACGUGCCUGGCAUGGCCAGUCCAGAGACGAAUACACCCGUCAGAGGAAGGUGGCAGUGAAGGGGGAGCUGCAGGGCAAUCCCUCAACUCCCCCGGGUAGCCUUGGUCAAGGAUCUGGGCCAACAGAACAGCCCAUUCAGCUGCCCAACUCAUGGCGUCAGUUCAGAACAGCAGAGAGACCGUCACUCCUUCUUAGAGUGCCCCUCCUCCCCCCUCCAACUGUUUGGUCUUGUACACCAAAGAUCGGCCGGUCUUCCUCCCGGAGGCAGAGUGAUGUGCUCCUCUGUCAGCCCGCGAGGGCAGUGCCGUGGUUCUGAAGCGACAGACUCAGUCUCCCCAAGCCAAUAUUCUCUCUUUCUCCUUAGACUUCUUAGCAUUCACAGAAGCUGCUUGCAGGCUCGUUGGGGUGACGGGGGUGAUUGGCGCACUUUACCGCACAGUACCUCAGUCUAGCUGUCAAAUAAUCCCCUUUGCUGUUGCCUGCGUCUGGGUUUUGAUAUUUGGGAUCAUUCAUAUUUCAGUGUUUUGUGAAGGGGGCACAGUUCCCCACAGAUACCAAGUUGGCAGCGGGUCCCUGUGCCCUGGCAUUUGCACUGGGUGGCACCCGGGGAGGGAGCCAGGUGGCCCGGGGGGCUGCAAAAGGACCCUUCCUCCUCCUCCUCCUGCCAAAAAGACUUCCCUGGAUUUGUAGAUGUUGAUACAGAGACCUCUGUCCUCUUUGAGGGUGGGGGUGGGGGCUUCUUAUUGGUUUCCACUGGAGGAAACAAGAAGGGCCAUUUGUGACACUGUAGGCCAAGACACUGGUACUGGUUUUGGUAAAUCAGGAGCAGGCAUGGAGGAGGGUUUCCUUUGCAAGGCCCUGAACUGGGGAGGGGCCUCUGCCACUGCACACCCUGCUCUACCUGAGGCGGGUAGAGGAGGUGAGAGGCAGCACACAUUCUUGUGUACAUAGAGCAAGCCUAUUUGUGCUCAGGAAAACCUAGUCGCUUAUUGUUGCUCUCGUCUGUUGACAUCCUUGUACACCGGUUUGCUACUCGUGGUGUGAAACAAACAAACAAAAACAAAAAACCAGGAGAAACCAAACCAUACCAGGUCAUUUCCAGCAAAACUGUUGUUUUGGAAACUCUUGCUUUCUUUUGGUGUCCAUUUUGUGUUAUAUUUUGAAGAAUUCUUCAUUUAUAUUGGUGUACUGUGGUGAAGAGAAUAAGAUAGGCUGAUCUGUAAUUUUCUCCCCCAGGAAACUGGCAAAUGCCGCUGACCCUCUUGAUCCCCUCCCUGCCCCUGCAUCCUUCCUUUUUCCCAAGCUGGGAUUGCUGUGCACUGGGCAGGCCCUCUCUGUUACCACCCCCCACCCCUCCCCAUGCAGUGGCUCUGGAUAGAAACAGUUUUUCUAAACCCCAUGAAUAGCAGCACGGGUAUUUUUUUGUCAGGCUGGUUCCUGGGGGUUCUGUGCCCCCACCAGCGUGUUCAGCUCUUGGGGCAUUUGUAAUGAGUUCUCUCUGCUUGGUAAAACCUUUUGAUUGUGCUGAAAUGGUUUCUGACGUCACCUUUGGAAAUAAAUGGUCAUUAAUUUGUGUA